CAAGCAGCUCUUGCUCUGUUGCUUUUUUGCACUACUACUGCCCGAGAGACAUCGCAGAAGCAGCAGCAACCCUGCACACAGCAAGUCCAGAGCCCGGCCUUGGUUGAUUUUUUCAUUUUGUUGACGAAAUAGAAGGAACUUGGUAAUUAUUAUUAUGGGACUUGCCGGGGAACCCAAAGUUCGCCAGCAAAUUUAUGCGGAUCCUCGCAACACAGCUUGGGCAAACAACACUGGCCGUCUGGGAUACAAGCUGUUGAGCUCUUUCGGAUGGACGGAAGGUGCUGGUUUGGGUCAAUCGUUGCAUGGACAAGUGCAAAAUAUUAAAGUGCUUGUAAAAGAUGAUACUUUAGGUAUUGGUGCGAAGGCAUCCAACGAUCUUGAAUGGAGUGGAUUGGGUGAAUUUAACGCUAUUUUUGGUCGUUUGAACAAUGAUUCAAGUGCAUUCGGUGUCUCGCAAGAGACACUUAAAGUCCAACGCGUGCAAGAUGAGAAGCUGGAUGCAAAGAAGAAGAAUUUGAACUCUGUUGCUCUGGCUCGUCGUUUUGUCUUGGGCGGAACAUUCACCAGCGAGUUUGCUGAGUGGAUGAAGGAGCAACAGAUGUCUGGUGGAAAGAGUGUUACUAUUACAGAAAUUGAUUCGAAACAUAAGCACAAACAUAAAUCCAAAUCCAAAGAGGAAAAGAAAAAGAAGAAAAGCAAAGAUGAGACAGAGGCGAAGAAGCAUCAUAGCUCCAAGAAUCACUCCAAAAAACACAAGUCAAAACAUACAGAAGCAGAAAGUGAUUCUGACGCAAGUGUCUCUUCUACCACGUCUACUUCUACUGACAUGAAAUCCAAGCACAAGCAUAAGUCCUCCUCGCAAAAAAAGAGCAAGUCCAAGUCGUCGAAACACAAGGACAAGUCUUCUUCAUCUCCAUCACGCAAGAGAAAGCGUGAUGAGAAAGAAAACGCGGAAAAGAGCAACACGGUUGCUGUGCAUUUGGCUGCCCGUCGCAAGUUCUUGGCCCAGAAGCGAGCUGCAGUGCAGGACCCUGCUGCCUUGAAAGCUAUUCUUGGCAUUCAUUAAAUUUCACUCAUUCUACAAUUGAAUGAAGUAUUCUGCUUCUCAAACUCAUACGGUUCCCUCACAAAUUUGUUCAUUCGAUAGGUUGUUUUAGGUAAUAGGAUUCCCAUUUUGGUUUUUACUUAUUUCUGAUCGUAGAAAACAGCAUCAACUAGCCCAACAAAUCGCCUAUAAUGAACAACAAGAAACAAGGACCAUGCCACUAAUAAACACACUAAAAAUAAACCAAUGGCACCCCAAACUAGCUCAUAAG